AUGCCUAUUUUCAACCCUAAAACAGUUACAAAUUUUCUGACUUAUGAAAAAGAGGAAAAAGUGGGCUUUCUAUGGAAAAAGCGUUCAGAACAGAAAAAAUCAUAUAAAAAACGUUACUUCAUAUUGUGUGGUAAUAUUUUAGCGUAUUUUGAUAAGAAGUUGGAUAAGGAACCAUUGGGUAUUAUAUUUUUGGAUUGUCAUAUUGUUGAAAUGUUGGAUGAUUUGAAAAUGGCAAUACGAUUCAGAGGACCUGGCGAAUUAUCUCGCAGUUAUAUUUUAAAGGGUGAAACAGCUGAGGAUAUUGAAGAUUGGAUGCGUGCUAUCAGUAGAUGUAGUAUUGAAUUUAUUACUUUAACUCUUGAAGAUUUAGAGGAUCACUACAAAGCACUGACUACGGUAAAACAAACAAAUACAGAUCAGCAAUCAUCAUCAUCUACAUUAAUUGGAAAUAAUAAUAAUAAUAAUUCAACUCUUUCAGCUGUUAAAUCCUCAAUAUUUUCUAGACGUUCAAAUCCGUUUAAUAAAAGUAAUAGUGUUACUGGCACUAGUUAUGAUAUCGAUCCUACUGGGUUCUAUAGUCAAUCACGCAAAUUGUAUCCAUCCAGUAGUUCUAAUGGUUUAUUAAAUCAAACCAUAUCGUCCUCUAUAAAUCAUACUCGAUGGUUAUUAACACAGAAUUGGGAACAAUUAAAUUCUCGUUUAAAAGCUCAAUUCAUGAUAUGUGACAACAAAACUGACACAUAA